ACGUGUAUUUACUACACCGUAUGGAACACAGACCGAACUGUUGAUCGGCUAGGGCAGUAUUUAGGAGAUUUUAGGUUUUUAUUUUUUAAUAUAAUGCUACCUAAAAUCUAGAAAGACUUGUCCAGUCUCAACAUGGAUGAAUCACAGGUGCUCUCACCAGAUAAGGAAAACUUAGCGCCGUUUUUAUCGAGUCUUUCGGAUGAUUUUAGGUCAAACGCAAAGACCUUUUCCUCACCUGCGAGAUCUAGACGAAGUCAAUGGUUUAGCCCUUGUAAUUCACCUAGAAGAAAACCAAACACUCCAGAUGAGCUUCCAAAACUUCACCUCACCCACUUUGCUCAAACUCCUCGGGUUGGAUUUGGAAGCGUUAGAAUCGGGAACUCAAAAACCGAAGAACUUGUGGUUUGGAACCCGAACUCAGAAAGUCAAACCCUCCGUAUCGAAAAACUCCCUUCGGAAAAGGGUUUCAGCCUGGACUUUGCGGGUUUUAUUCAAGACGAGGGAGGUAAUAAUGUUCUAAUUGUUGAACCUGAAGAAGAAGUUUUGCUGCCGAUAACUUGGGAGCCAAAGGAGGGAGGAAGAUGCAGAGAGUUAUUUGUUUUCAAGUGGGCAGAAACACACCGACUGCUAGCAAUCGUGUAUGGAACAGCCAUUGAGGUGGUGAAGAAAACUGCUAAAAAGAAAAAGCCUUCAGUCCUCACGUCCAGUCAGUCUCUCAAUAAAAGCCGUGCAAGGUGGUCCACAACCAAAGCCAAGCAGCCAUUCUCUGUAGUUGUAAAGGAGUCUAAACCAAUCCCCCACCCUGUCACACCCCUUUUGCCUCCUGGGCUUGUUAGCAUUCAGAAAUCUCUAGAGUUUGGAAAUGGCAGCAUCCCAGCAACUCCAGAGGAAGCACGCCAGAUUGAUUUAAACUCAGAGGAGAGAAGAGAGACAUACGUGGUCGGAACACCAAGACGUGAGACAAUGCCAGUUGCUCCCAAGGUCAUCUCCGACUGCAUCCCAUUAAAACCUGCAAUUGAUGAUGAUCCAGUAGAGGACAAUGCAGAUACCCCAGAUGUAGCAGAAGAAUCUAAGCCCCUCCCUUCUGCUGAAGAUGGUGAAUGUGUUACGCAGAAGGUGUGUGUGCACCUUGAUCCAAGAUCCAAGCACCCAGACCCAUCUUUGAAUGUGAAUAAAGACUCUGAAGAGGGAAAAACCCAAGCUCAGACGACUGAUGAAAUUAUCGCUCAGUUGAUAUCUGACCACAAGAAAAAGAAGAAUGCUAGGUCUCAUUCUCUAGGGGCCCAGAGAAACAUUCCCAAUGCAAAAGAGCCAAAAAAAGAAGCCAAAAGGCCUGCUAGGAGGCAAAGUGAAGUCAAGCCGAGGGCUGAGGCAACAAAGGCUGUUCUCCAACCUGUGGCAUUCUCAGUACAACCCCAAAAGAGAGAGAAGCCAAAGGCUCUGAAACGAAAUUCACCAAAGCAUAGCUCUGCUAGAGGCUCUGCCUCAGGAAGGAAGACUCACAAAGUGAAAGUGAAGGUUGCAUCUAAAGGGGUUGCGCCUACACGUCUGAAGCUCGUCAAGCCGCCACGCACCAGCAUUCCCCAACACCCAAUGCCAUAUGCUGCCAAGAACAUGUACUAUGACGAGCGCUGGAUUGACAAGCAAGAAGAAGGUUUCACUAGAUGGUUAAACUUUAUCCUCACCCCACCAGAUGACUGCGACGUUCAGUUACAAAAAGACAAGAAAGGAGACUGUGGUACAAUGUCACUAACAGGGACACAAUCUAUAAAGUCCUCCCAGCCCCUGGCCCCAACCAAGGAAGACCUCUCCUUUAGGACCUACACGGCAAGGCGGCGCAUGCAACGUCUGCGCAGGCAUGCUUGUCUACUGUACCAAUCCGAGCCUCUUAUUCCUGUCAUCAGGAAGAUUGAAAGUGAGGUGGAACAUGGCCGGCUAGCAAUCAGGUCGGACCGCAAGUUACAUGCCGAUCUAGGUAUCAAGCAAACAGUUGUAAAUAUGAUCUUGUCGUACAAUACUCUUUGGCUCAGGAUUGGCCUAGAGACCAUCUUUGGUGAAAUACUCCCAAUCCAAAGCAACAACGAUGUUGCCGGCAUUGCCCGUUUCCUAAGUGACCGGUUGCUUGGUAACCCAAGUAUCGCACGUGCGUUCGCACACCCCACGGUCCCUGGCCUCUACCGUGAUGGCUAUAUCACUCAGCUGUCGAAGUUUACUCUGAAGAAGUUUCUUUUACUUGUGCUGUUUCUGGACCAUGCAAAGCUGACUCGCCUCAUAGACCAUGAUCCAUGCUUGUUCAAUAGGGACGCAGAAUUCAAGGCGAGUCGUGACCUCUUGCUGACGUUCUCAAGAGAUUACCUGAAGGGUGAGGGAGACCUGACCAAGCACCUGAGUUAUCUGGGCUUCAACGUGUCGCACCAACAGAGAGCUAUCGAUGAGUUUGAUUAUGCGGUGACAAACAUUGCCACGGACCUGCGAGACGGACUGAGACUCACGCGUGUCGUUGAACUUCUCUCGCACAACUGGCGGCUCACAUCUACUCUACGAGUUCCCGCCAUCUCGCGACUGCAGAAAAUCCACAACGUCGAAGUGGUCCUAAAAGCCCUGAAGGAUCAUGGGGUUCCUGUUGGUGAAGGCGAAGGUAGCGGCAUUACACCACGUCACAUUGUGGACGGCCAUCGGGAAAAGACCCUCAACCUCCUGUGGAUGAUUAUCGUCAAUUUCCAGGUAAACAUAUUGCUAAGCGAAGAGAAGCUGAAAGAGGAGAUCUCUUUUUUAGAGCAGAGCCUCGACUUGGAGCAUUGCCUGGCCGCUUGUGACGUGUCCCGGAUAAUGGGGCUGCCAAGGAACAAGCGGGACUCCCUCGAGUCUGGCUUAUACUUUAAGUCGGCGAGGCUGGGCUUGCUGCUCAAGUGGUGUAGACUCGUCUGCAAAAGCUAUGGGCUCAAGAUCGAUAAUUUCACGGUGUCAUUUUCUGAUGGUCGCGCAUUGUGCUACCUCUUGCACCACUACCACCCGGCCUUACUCCCCCUGUCCGCUAUACGCCAAGAGACCACACUCACGAGGAAUCCGGGGGUCCUUGACAGUAGCGACAGUGAGGAGGACGAGGGGAUCCUCCGGGAUUCCUGGACGGAGUCUUACAGUCCCGGGUCGGGAAAGAACCAUGAGCUUGAGCGACUGAAAGCCAACGAGAGAGAAAACUUCAAACUACUUGCCGAGAAGGUUCAAACAUUAGGCGGGGUUCCACUGAUGACGAAGUUCGCCGAUAUGUCCAACACAAUCCCGGAUGAAAAGGUGGUGAUCACAUACACGUCAUAUCUGUGCGCGCGUCUGCUGGACUUGCGUGACGAAAAAAGAGCUGCACGGCGCAUCCAAGUGGCCUGGAGACGACACAAGCUCCGGAAACAGCUGCAAAGGCGACAGGACUUGGUGAAGUCGGCAGUCUUGAUACAGGCCUUAACGCGAGGGGCACUCCAUCAACGUCGGUACCAGGCCCUCAGAAAAGCCACUCUCCUCCUUCAGUCAGUAUAUCGUGGCCAUUUAGUGCGCCAGCGCAUGCGCACCCGUGACCUCGCCGCUCAACGAAUCCAGUCUCACUUCCGCGCCAACAGAUCCAUGCUCAAGGCACGUGCACACUACCAGCGCCUCCGCCAAUCAGCUAUCGCGCUACAAUCGAUCGUCAGGGGCAACAAGGCUAGGAGACAGGUCCGAGAGAUUCGCGCUGCCCGCGUGAUUCAGGCCUCUUGGCGAGGUUACAUUGUCAUGUCACGUGUCAAAGCGAUGAAAAUCGCCGUCGUCACGUGUCAGAGUGCGAUCCGUGGUUUCCUCGCGAGGAAGAGACUGGGUAAAGCGAAGAAAGCUGCAGCCAUCAUCCAACAGGGUUACCGCGCUUCUGUGAAGGUUAGAAAAGCCAGGAGCGACUUCUUGGCACUGAGAAACGCGACGGUGAAGAUGCAAGCCCUGCACCGUGGUAAUCAAGACAGGAAGUUUGUAAAAAAGACCCUCGCAGCCAUCACGAUUCAAAGCUUCCUUCGGAUGAAGCUGUGCAGAGAUGAGUACCUAAGAAAAAGGGAGUCGGCCAUUAGAAUCCAGGCAGAAGUCAGGCGGUACUUGACCAGGGGUGCAUUCCUUGAUCAAAAACGUGCUGUUUUAAUAAUGCAGACCCGCUACCUGGCGCUCAAAAACGGAAGAGAGCGCAGACAAGAAUUGGCGCUACUGAGAGCGUCUACAAUCAGGAUUCAAGCUUGCUUUAGAAGAUACACAGCAAGAAGAAAGUUCCUGGUCCAGAGAGCUGCCGUUGUUAGGAUUCAAGCGUGUUUCAAGGGUCAUAUAGCAAGAGGAGAAUUCGAGAGAUUGAGAUCUGCGACAGUUCUUUUGCAGAGCUUCUUCAGAGGCCAUUUGAUGGUGAAGAAAGCCAUUGUCGAGUACCAAGCCCUGAGGAGUGCAGCGGUGGUAAUACAGUCGUGGUACAAAGCGCACAUAUGUAGAAAGAGAUUUAUUUUGCUCAGGAAAGCCGCAGUCACGAUUCAAGCCGCAUUCAGAAGUCAUGUUCUGAGAAAGCGAUUCCUUGCACUUCAGCGCGCAGUGCAUACGAUAGAGGAGAGAUACACCGCAGUUCUACACGGAAGACUCGUGCACUGCCUCUACCACCUGACUCGAGGUGCCAUCAUAACACUCCAAGCAGCCAUUCGGGGAUACCUUGCAAGGAAGGAGAUCGCCCAGCAGCGUCACGCGGCUGUUAUAAUACAAACUGCCGUGCGCGGGUACAUGAGAAAGAAGGACUACAUGAAGAUGAAGCACGCCACUACGGCCAUCCAGCGCCGAUACAGGGCUGUUGUCUUAGGACGACUAGCGACUAAAGAGUACAGGAACACACGGGAAGCAGUGAUAACAAUGCAAGCAACGUUCAGAGGAGAACGGGUGAGAAAAGAGUUACGCCAUCAAGCUAACGCUUCUGUCCUCAUUCAAGCACUAUUCCGAGGAUACAUCCAGAGAGCAAAUUAUACUAAGCUGAAGAAAGCCGCGCGCGUGAUACAGCCGCGUUACCGGGCGUACUUGGCAGGUAGAGCAGCGCGCGAGGAGUACGCGCAAAUUCGUGCAGCCGUGAUCACCAUACAGGCAUUCUACAGAGGCGCAAAAGUGCGGGACGAGGUCCGAGUAAUGAACGCGUCUGCAGUACGUAUCCAGGCGAUUUACCGAGGGUUCACCCAAAGACGGCAAUACUACAGUUUAAGACGCGCUACCCAUGUUUUCCAGAGCCAAUACAGAGCCCUUGUUAAGGGCCGGCGAGAAGCGGAGAGAUACAUGGUGACCAGGAAAGCUGUGUUGACAGUCCAGGCAUUUCUUCGCGGUAUGGUUGCACGGAAGGAGGUGAAGUGUCUACGAGCUGCCGUGAGAAUCCAGGCAUGUUACCGUGGGUAUACCGCCAGGAAGGAAUACAGCCGCUGUGUAACCAGUAUCGUGCUCAUGCAAGCUCUUGUACGUCGUAACCUAGCCGUAAAGCGAUACCAAGCGCUGCGAGAAGCAGCUAUUGGGAUUCAAAAGAGGUUCCGAGCCAAAGAAGAAGGAAAGUUGGUCUACCUGAUGUUCCACAUUCAGAGAGGGGCAUGCAUUGUCAUACAGUCUGCAGUACGUGCAUUGCUCGCUCGCAAACGAUUCUUGGAGAUGAAGACCGCUACCCUCAUCCUUCAAAAGAGAUACCGAGCUCUCAACCAUGGCAGGCGAGAACGUGCGGAGUAUCAUCGCGCGAGAGCAGCUGUGAUUACCAUCCAGGCGUACAUCCGGGGUACCCAAGCACGUGAUCUCGCGAGGAGGCACCGUGCAGCGCGCGCGAUACAGUCCUCCUACAAGAUGCACCGCGCGAGGGUGAGCUUUGUGAAAUCACGCGCAUGCGUGGUAAAGAUCCAGGCUUGGAUGCGUAUGAAAAUCCAGAGGACGCGCUUCAUAGCACUGAGAGAGGCUACGUGUAUGCUACAGACUCGCUACCGGGCAAUUAUCGCAGGCAGAACACAAAGAUUUGCGUAUUGCUAUACCCGGUGCGCGGUCAUCGCCAUACAGGCCACGAUAAGGGGCUUCUUGACAAGAUCUCUGCUCAGUCGGCAACAUAACGCCGCUACAGCCAUCCAGACUGCUUUCCGAGGAUACAAGGCAAGGCAGUCGUACAACCAAAUUCGGACAGCUGUGCUAGUGCUGCAGACUCGCUGGCGAUCGUGUCUUCUUGCCCGCGCGGUGGCGAGGAACUACUGCACACUGAGGCUAGCGGCAAUUGUCAUGCAGAGUCAUUAUCGAGGUCAGGUCGCUCGACGCUUCGUCCGCAGGAUCCGCGCCGCCGUGCUCAUCCAGGCCGCAUACAGAAGUUCCACAGCGAGAAGACAGUAUACCUCGCUCAGAGAUUCUGUUGUCGUUAUUCAGCGAAACGUACGACGGUGCCAAGCGCAGCGGUCUUACCGACGCCUCAGAUGCGCAGUGAUAUUCGUACAGCGGACGUACCGCGCAUUACAGCAGCUGCAGAAAGAUCACGUUCGGUUCCUUGUCGUGAAGUAUUCGGCUAUUGCGAUACAAAGCGCUGUCAGAGGCUGGAUGUGUAAGCGACGCUAUGAUAGCCUCAGGCAAGCUACUCUCUUGAUGCAGCAGAGACGCAGGGCCAACGUGUUGGGGAGGAUCAAGAGAGGAGAGUUUGUAAGAAAUAGGCAAGCGAGUGUUGUCGUCCAGUCCGCGUACAGAGCUUGGGUGGCGAGGAAGGUCGCACGGCGCAUGCGCGCUGCUAGGUUGAUCCAAUCAUACUACAGAAGUUGCGUCGCUCGCAAGGCGUAUCUGAGGUACAGGAGCGCAUGUGUUCGCAUGCAAGCUUUGGUGCGUGGGAAACAAGCGAGAGAAGCGUUCAUGGAACUGAAGAUGGCGACUGUGACACUUCAGCGAAGGUACAAAGCCAAUGCGGCUUGCAAAAAUCAGAGAGAGUAUUACUCACAGCUCCGAAGAAGCGUCAUCCAGAUGCAGUCGUUAUACAUUGGGCGCAAGGCACGCAAAAUUGUUAGACAGAUGGUAGAAGAGAGGAAAGCGAGGAGCUCGGCGGCCGUGAAAAUACAGCAGGUUUACCGUGGCUACAAGUUGACUCAGAUCCACGUGCUAAACUUCCACUUCAUAAGGGGUGCCAUCAUCACUCUACAGGCUGCGUACCGGGGAUACAGCGCAAGAAAACACUUACAAAAAUUACGCGCUGUGAUUAAGAUACAAGCUUACCUUCGCGGGGCGACGGCUAGACGGAAUUACGAGACACUCCGACGAGCGGUGAUCACUAUGCAAGCACGAGCCCGCGGCAACCUAGCUCAGCGGAAGUACACUCUGUUAAAAAGCUCAACCAGUGUGAUCCAGACUCGAUUUCGCGCUCAACUCGCGAUGAGGAAAGCGCGGGAAAAUUACACCGAGACGCGCGCAGCGGCCAUAACCCUUCAGUCCACGUGGAGAGGUCAUCAACAGCGACUGCAGUACAGUGAGAUUUGCAAGUCAGCGGUAGUGUUGCAGAGUCAUGUCAGGGCAUAUCAGGCGAGGAGGAGGUUCGUGGUGAUGAAACAGGCGGCGGCUGUCAUUCAAACCCGUUACCAUGCCUACCGUGACGGCGCGAGCUGUCGUCUGAAGUACAACAUGUUGCGAAGAGCUUCCGUCACCAUUCAGAGUUUUUACAGAGGUUAUCUAUCUCGCCAACACGUUCGUCAAAUCAAGGCAGCGGUAACUCUCCAAAAGCAUGCGCGUGCGCUGCUUCAAGGCCGUAAGGAGCACAGGGAUUACAUCACAAUGAAGCGAGCAGCGGUAGUUCUUCAGUCUGCAUACCGGGGUCGCUGUGCCCGCCUGGGGGCUAGGUCACAUAGAGCGGCACGUAUUAUUCAAUCGCUUUAUAGAGGAUUUGUUGCUAGGAAACGAGUAGAGCGCAUGAGGGAGGUGCGCCGACAGUGUCUCCUGAGAUUCAGCGCAGCGGUAUUUCACCACUUGUCCGCGAUACGAGUCCAGCGGUUCUAUAGGCGUGCCCGAGCACUUGCAGUCGCUAGGAAGGAAAUUGCUUCUGUUGUUGCCAUACAGUUCUGGUGGCGAGGUGCGCUGGCUCGACACCGCUAUCUGCGCAUGCGCUCUGCGGCCAUUGUACUCCAGCAAGCUGCGCGGCGUAGCCUCGAUGUCAAGCACAGGGCUGCCACUCGGAUCCAGGCGCUUGCUCGGGCAUGGCUUGCGAAGAAAGCAAUGACCACCAUGAACAGCGCAGCUCUCAAAAUCCAGGCUCUUUGGCGAGGUUAUCAAGUACGGCGUCACGUGACCAGCCUGAAGGUCAAGAAAGCGCGCAAGCGCAUCGAGGCAGCCAAUGAGGCUGCGACCGAGUCCAUGAAGCUUUGCAAUCGUACUCGUUCCGCGUUGGAUUAUCUGCUCACAUGCAAGAAUCUCUCCUCCAUCUACAAGACUUUGGUCAACUUGGAGGUUGUGACUCGCCUAUCUUACGUAUGCUGUGAGCAGCUGCUCAGGGAGAAUGCAUUGCGCGUCAUCUUCACGGUCAUCAGAAACUCCAACCGUAGCCUGCCCCAGAUGGAGAUCGUGAAAUACGCACUCGCCAUCUUGAUCAACGUCGCCAAGUGUCCGAGCACUUUCCGAGCGGUUUACGAAGAGCCCGACUCGCUAUCGACACUUGUCGAGCUGAUGACGAUUUUCCGCGAAAAGGAUGUGCUUUUCUCCAAAGCAUGCUGCCUUAUUACUGUGUUAGGGCGACGAGACCAUUCAAUAGUACAGGACAUCAUAAACCAACCGAAAAUCUGCGAAAAAUUCCGAAGUAUCAGCAGCCUGGUUGAGCGGAAAUACAAACGGGAGGCAAGACGAAGCGUAGUCAAGUCCAAGAUGACACAUGGGACACCCUACAAGGCCGUACCCCCCUCGACCCCCUGCCAGAAUCCCCCACCCUCCACCCCGUACAAGAAAGCACCUCUCGUCACGCCGUACAAGCACACGCCAUUCAAGACCCCUUAUAAGGCAAAGCGCCAAUCUGAUUGGGCCAUGUGGCAGGAGUAUGUAAAUAAGAUCCAGGAUCCUUUGCACGCAGUGCGAUCGAUGAUGAGGACCUAUCACCUUGACGACCAGUAAAAUUACGUCAUCGAGCCUCGUCACUAUGUGUGAUAAAUGGCUACGUCUGUCUCCUGCAUCCAUGUGGGCUGUUGGUACAGUUUCUCUAUUGAUUUUAGGUAGAUUUUAUUUUUUAUUAGUUGAAGUUCUGAAAAAAAAGUAGAAAUCGAAUCUUCAUUUUACUGUAUAUCAUGUAAUGCCAUUUUCAAGUUGUACAUUUUUGCAUUUCCAUACGUUACAACGAUUGUGUUCUCAUUUGUACAUAGUGUAAAUACACCAAAGUUGUUUCUAAAUACAACCUAUUUUACACAUCA